GACACUCUUACUCGCACCGCUUAUCUGACGGUGAUCUUACAUGGUAGAUACUCGAGAAUGGAGCGAAAAGUCAAAAGCAAGAGAGCAAAGAUGGACCGCAGUGAAAGAAGACGAAAGGACAUCCUUCUGUGGUCCCGAAGAGAUCAAAGCGAAAGGUACCCGUAGUGUUUCAUCUUGCAUCAAGCUUGUCCCUCGCGUCGCUUGUCAACUGGUUAAGGGGGAAGAGGAGAGGAGGACACGUCUAUAGCUCAGGGCGGAUGAUACAAGGGGUAAAUGACAACAAGCUUAAAACUGUAAGAACGGAUUGUUGAAUCAAUCAACCUAUUGACCCCUUGUCCAUCCCAUCCACUUCCCAUCCCCACCAUUCAAUCUUCUAUCUCUCCCUAUCCUUCCCACUCUCACCACUUCUAAAAUCAUCUACUAACUCUAUCCUCAAGACGCAAGACGUCCUCUCAUCCAUCCAAACUCUGUAGCCUUGUAGGCUCGUCCAUUCCUUCUCAUCACGCUCUUUCCUCUCCUCUCCUCAUCUUGUUCGACGUAACGGAACCCGGUGCCCAUCUGUGACCUAGUGAUCAGCAGCUAACAACGUCGACAAAAAUGAGAUUCUCACUCGCUUUCAUCGCCAUGGUGGCCACUCUCAUGGUCACCGCUCAACCACAUUCCCCAGCAUAUGCCAAACGACACAAACUUCUUCAAAGACGCAUGGACAAUAACACGAUGGUCAAAGCGUCCAACACGACCGUUUUAGCUCUCAACAGUACUCAGACGAACGAUGAUGAUGAUUGUGAUGAUUCCAUUGACGAUUUCUCUACCUCUUCCGACAACAGUACCUCUGUCGGGGAUACGAGCUUUCUCAUCAAUACCAAUUCGAGCUCUCUUUCCAAUUCCACCGUGUCAUUCACCGAUGCAGCAACCAACGGCACUUCUGUUCUUGACACUGGGGACGGAGAUUGUGAUGAGGAGGAAGAUGAUGAUGAUGAUGAUGAGUGUGAUGAUAGCGACGAUGAUGAAGAUGAUGAUGAUUGUGAAGGUGACGAUGGUAGUCAAGAUGGAGGUGAUGGAGACGGUGGAGAUGGUGGGGACGGAAGUGAAGAUGUCGUCGUUCCCUCUUCCGGUACUUCCAGCGUAUCCAGUGCUUCCAGCAGCAGCUCUUUACCCACUGGCUCUCCUAUCGGGGCACUCAACUUUGCUCAGACAAGCUCUGCAACUUCCACAUCCGCCGCUUCAGGAGUGACAGCAGCGGACGAUGCGGAAUGUGACACGCCAAAGACUUUCACGGUCACCGUAACUGUCACUGCCAGCGAUAGUGCAAGUGCAAGUGCCAGUGCCAGUGCCAGUGGGAAUGCCGGAGUAAAAACAGGUGUUGUCAACGCAGCCGUCCCUGCCUCCUCAUCUACGUCCACGGCCGCAGCGGCCACGAAAUCCGCUACUCCCAUCGUGGAUGCAGCUACCGGAGGGUCAAAAACAACCACCAGUGGAGGAGAUACGAGUGGAGACGAUGGGAGUGGAGGUAGCGAAGAUAUAGUGACUGGUGGAGGUAACGAUGAUGGUGGGGAUGAUGAUGAUGAUUGUGAUGAAACCGGUGAUGAAGAUGAUGAUGAGGAUUGUGAUACGGAAGAUGACGGUGAUGAUGAUGAGGAUUGUGAUGACUCUGACGAUUUAUCCAUUACAGCUACCAAUUCGACCACUUUACUCUCCGGCUCUUCAGAUGAUGGAGAAGAUUGUGAAGAUUUACCUUCCCUCUCAAAUGAUACAAUGUUAUUCACCAACGCUUCUUGGACGUUUGAUAAUAAAACCGGUGGAGAUUAUCUCGGUACUUUACCCGGACAUCGAGUUGUGAACCUCACCACAGAAGGUGGGAAUGGUACUUUCCUUGGACAUUUACCUGGACAUGAAGUCAACGUGACGGAAUUAGGUACUUUGCCUGGACAUGAAGGUGGGGAUAUGGGAAAUGGAACUUUUUUAGGUACUUUACCAGGACAUAAAGUCAACGUCACUUUACCUUCUUCCUCUUCUUCUUCUCCUACCGAGAUCCCAACCCCUUCUUCAUCUUCUGCCCCUGUUUCCUCUUCCUCAUCUUCAUCUGCUCCGUCUUUCCCAUCUUCAUCUUCUUCGUCAAACAACCCAGUUGGUUCACCCCCACCAUCUCCAAUCGAAGAUAUCCAAUCGAUUUCAAGCUCUAAAUCAACGAACGACGGUUUAGAAGGUUUCUCUCGAUUUUCUUCUCCCGCUUCUAGCUCUAGUUCUAGUUCCAGUGCGGCAGGAGGACCAGGUAAAGAAACGACUUUAACUGCUCCUGGAGCCGUACCGACCGAAAGACGUAGGACCAAGAUCUGGAGGGGUUGA